AUGGAUCUUCCGACUUCUUUCUCUUCACUUCCGCCCGAACUGGUUGACAAGAUCUGCCGCAACUCCACCCUUGAGAAGGAAGAUCUUAUUGCUCUCCGCUUGACUAGCAAAUCUCACGGCAUUCAUCUCUCGGCUUCCAAGGAGUUCGCCAAACGUUAUUUCACAGACAUUUCUCUCAUUUACUCGCGCUACAGCCUACAAACGUUCGCGGAGGUCUGCAGGCACUCUGUCUUUGGCUCUGCAGUGCGGAAAGUUCAGCUGUCAUAUGCUCGGUUCAUGCCUGAGUUCUUGGGAGAAGAAAGCAAAGACCUGUUCGAACGUCUUCGGCUCGGAGCAAGGUCUCGAGGACGGUUCGAGUACUUAGACAACAUACGACUACUCGUCAACCGUUGCGACGAAGAGGAAGACCUUCAAAAUUCUGGCGACGCCGAAGGCCUUCUUGCUGCAGCUUUCACCGCGCUGUGUCAUUGGCAUCAUCCUCUGGAACUCGUUGUGUCAUCUUCAGAGACUCGUGCAUUGGGCCUGAACCGAGUCUAUAGUCCCAACAUAAUGCACAGCACACACUGGAAGUGUCAUAUAUUUGGCACGAUAGCACUCCUCUGCCGUGCGGCCACCUUGAGCAGAUGCGUUGUACAAAAGCUCAAGAUUUGGGGUGAUAUCUGGGACAACUUGGUUGAUAGCUCGGCUGACUCACUGAGCGUGUUAGCCCAGCUGCCCGAGCUUGAGCUAGACACAUGGUGUCCAAGUGGACCAGACACUCCACAUAUCCCACGCCUCGAAAACAUGGUAAUCAAUAUGCUAAAUGAUGCAGUCAGCCUGAAAGAGUUGCACCUCGGUUCUUUGUGUGUAAACAGAUACCACAAGUGUCUUCGCAGAAUCUUUCUGGUUCUAUCAACGAUGAAGCUCGAAAAGCUCACGCUAUCAGGGAUCGAUCUCGACGGGUUCGAGCCUUUUUUGGAGAAACGAAUCGAGUCCCUGCGUCACCUGGAAAUGGACCAAUGCGAACUUUGGGACGGAAGUCUGAAGAACGUAUUGAUAUCUGUCCAGGAGAACCUUCCUCGACUCGAGUACUUCUUAGUCCACGGCAUCUCUAGACCUUGGAUCAACCAGAAAAUUGAACUCAAAGGUGUCCAAGGAGUUCAUGAUGGCAUCAACAAGCUGAUACAGACAAGGCAGAUCUAUCUCCAAGAUUCAGAACACGAUGCUUGGAAUAGUGACGGAUACUGA